AUGGCUGAGGCCCCUUCAGAAACACUGGAUGUUUCCCCUAAUGAUCUACCAACGGAUUCAGAACCCUCUUCCAGUCAUCCUCUGUGUGACAACACGGGUCAGAAGGACUCAGACUUAUGGGCUAUUAUUGAGGAAAGUGCCUUUCAGGUGUUGGCUCAGCGAUUCUUGAUAAAGAGGCCACCUCAUACCCUCUGUGCCUCAGAACCAGAUGAAGACAGUAAUUUGUUUUCUAUGACCUUCCCCAGAAAACUUUGGAAAAUAGUGGGAAGUGACAAAUUUAAGUCUAUUUGGUGGGAUGAAGAUGGGACUUACAUCGUGAUUAAUGAAGAACUCUUCAAGAAGGAAGUGUUGGAAAGAAAGGCCCCCUUCAGAAUAUUUGAAACCGAUAGCAUGAAGAGUUUGGUUCGACAGCUUAAUCUGUAUGGAUUUAGAAAAAUGAGACAGAAUUUCCAGAGAUCUGCUUCUCUCCCUGACUUUCUGGCUGAAGAAAAAGGAGUCUCUGCCUCAUGUAAGUUACAGUUUUAUCAGAAUCCAAACUUUGUGAGAGACUGUCCCCAUCUUAUAGAAAGAAUGAAAAGGAGAAUAGGGAUUAAAACGGCUUCUCGAGGAGCUGCUCCAUCGCUUCCAGAUUUCAAGAACAAACACUUUAGUCCAGACUUGGGCAACAUGGAUGACCACAGUUUGGGUGUAGCUGUCCGAACCAGUGAGAGAAAUCUGUUGUCUGGCCCUCGUGUUUCAAAUGUAUAUCUGAGACAGAAGCCUUCUGUCUCCCAAGGAGGUUCUGAUACAAUGGAUAUGAUGAGAGGUGACUUUCCUCUUGCAACAUCAAGUUCCUUUAGACCCCCUGAGGAAAUGCUAGCACAGUGCCCUGCUCCCUUAAAGGAGGUGUCCUCUCUUCAUAUGGACUCACAGAGACUCUACACUCAAGCAAAUGACAACACUGUGAAUUUCAUUAUAACCUCUAUUUCUCAAAACCACAGAGAUGUGUCUCACUUGUGGAACAGUUGUAUUGAAAUGCAAGCGGAGCCUUCUCCUUUUCAACCUGGCUAUCCUCAUUUUUCAUCCAGUUCAUCUACCUAUUCUGACUCAAAACCAGUAGGUGAAUCAGAGUUACCAAUAUACAAGGAAAGGGUAGCAUCUACUCCAUCGGCAUCCACAUCAAAUCAUCCAUCUUCAUGA